CGGCGGGCGGCGCCGCGCGGUGCUGACGCGGCGCAGAGAGCGGAGCGGAGCGGUCCCGGCCCGGCCCGGCGCGGCCGCACCAUGGUGGCCAAGCAGCGCAUCCGCAUGGCCAACGAGAAGCACAGCAAGAACAUCACGCAGCGCGGGAACGUCGCCAAGACCUCGAGGACGGCCCCGGAGGAGAAGGCGUCGGUCGGGCCCUGGCUGCUGGCGCUGUUCAUUUUCGUGGUCUGCGGAUCAGCCAUCUUCCAGAUCAUCCAGAGCAUCCGCAUGGGCAUGUGAGCCCCCGCCCCGCCGCGCAUUCCAGGCCCUUCGCCGCCAUUCCGAGCGUCCCAGUCCGUGCCACAGUGCCUUGAGCAGCACCACAUGUACACAGCAAUAAAGUUCUGUUGUUGAGCCCCAAUCGUGGACCUGCUUAUUCAGCAACGUAUCCUCCGUGCUCACGUAACGUGUCAGACUGCGCAGUGCGGGUUCCCGGGGACUGACGCCUGCUGUAAGCACCGCUCCCGCAUCCGUACGAGCCGCCGGAAACGGCUCUGUUUGAAGCCGGCAGCCGGGAUUUCUGUGGCAGUCAGAGCACCGAGGCAGAGCACGCUGCUGGCGAGCAACCGGCGCCGUGCAGCUCAGCGCGGUGUGCGGGGCAGAGCUGCAGCGUGCGGCGCCGCGUUGGCCCUCGGGCUCAUACUGUGUUAGAUAACCUUACCCUGUGCUUCUCGUCCUGUCCGUAUGAAUGCCUGUUUGUAUUGAGCUGGGGCGCAUUCCCUGCCCGCGAGCCAGCAUGGCCGGGCAGCAGCCCUUCCCGACAUCGCCCGAUGCGGGGCUUCCACAAACUGCUCGUCCCCGAGGACACGCGCUCCAAGGCUGCUCCUGGCAUUGGGCUGCAGCGGCGCUGCACGCACGUCUUGGAAACCUCCCACCGAGUCGUGGGCUUCGGUUCUAAAAUGCCGUGUGGGAUAGGGAUGCCUCGUGCAGGUACCGGGGACCCUGCCCCUCCAACCCGCAGUUCUGCUUUUGUGUGCAGCAUCGGCACAGUAUAGUAUGUCUCGCAAUAUAUAUUCUAAUUGUAUUUAAGGUAAAUCCUGCUUUCACCUUGAUGUGUCAUCCAACGAUGGUUCCAGUGCUAAGCUGCUCCCUCUGGAUGAUUGCAGUUCCUUAUUAGUAGUGCUGAAAAACAGAAACCAAACCCUCCUUACCUGUAUAGAAGAAUGUAACUUAAAUCACAAUGGAAAGUGCUGCUAUUGAUCAUUCCUUAUUGCUGAUGGUCUCAGCUCUGUGAGGCUCUCCUACUGUCUGUUGUGGUAAACAAAGCAGUCUGAAAUAGGUCUGCUGUUGCAUGCAGUUGCUAAAGCAAGAUCUCUUUUUUUCAGGUUUCUUAGAAGACAUUUAAAGUCCGGUUACAUUAGUAGUAAUAGAUACAACUUUCUAUAGAGUUGAAUUUCAUGUCUUUUAGCUGUGAAGGAGCAGACUUUUUGCUGGUUGUCAUAUUACCAUCUGGAAUCAUUGGAAGUGGUGUAAACUGGCAUGGCCCAGGCCAUGCCCCAGAACCAGGCUGUGCAACGCAACGACAUUCCUUAUUCCUGGAAGCUCAUAUUUUGUAAUCGAUGGGGGAGGGGAAGUCUGUAUAAUCUCUGAUUUUAAAUAAAGUUCUUCUCAAAUGUGAGUUAA